AUGUUCUCUUCCACUCGAGAUCUAACAGCGGCGUUCCGCGAGGCGGCUGCGAAGGAUGGGUUGACUGAAGCAGAAUACGUCUUCAUCUUCCCGUGGCUUCAAGAAGGCGCCAAUGGUGCAUCGCCGUUCGUUGGCAGUGACAGUUCCAGUCUGAAGAAAGUGAAAGAUACUUAUUCCAACUGUGUCCUGAUUGAUGACACGAAUGGGUUCGACAACCGUAUGAUAGUUCCUUUUAUAGAAAGGCUAAGCACAGUCGGUCUUAAAGAAGAAGACAUAUCACUCACGAACAUCUACGGCUAUAUCGCCUUGUUUGAUUCGCUGAAAAUGUUCGCGACUGCUGGGCGACGAGUACUGAAUCGGACAAGACAAUUUUCUGCGCUCAGUGACGGUAAAUUGAUGUGGAACACUAUGAGAAGGAUCACAAUUUCAGGAAUGGUUUCAAACGCUGGAAUUGGUAGUGGAACGGUAAUGUUGGACGAUCUUGCCGAACGGAUACCUUUUUACUCAGCAUUUUUCGUCGACAAAGAUAGAGAUGUGGUGAGACCUUUCGCUAACAUGGCUCCGACGAUGAUCACGAAUUGCGACGGGCUCAAAACCGGAACCGGUUGCUUCGAUAUUAACGUCACUGAAGUAUUAACGUCAUUCUGGCCAUCGGUCGAUGGUAAUUUGCCUCUCGAUGAGCCACUUUGUGGAUACAGCAGGGCAGAAAUGCGACUACACAUUGAUUAUCGUGGCUGCUUCAGCUACGCUCUGUUUUCUUCUAGCGAUUGUCGGAGCCUGGGCUCUCAGACGACA